AUGUGCGGCGAUUCACAUCUCCCGCCAGCGCCCGAGUCGGGAGACUUGAUCGCAAUCAUCCAUCCCAAUCCGCAGUCGACGUUCCGCGGUCGGCUGAGGCUAUCAAAUCGUCUUCCUGGAGCAACCGCUUCCAGUCUUCAAUGCGAGACAGUGGAAUCCAGUGACAUAUGUGAUGGCAGUAGCAGUCAGGAGUUGCUGAGUGUUCGGAUACAUAAAUAUGGCCAACCGGUGUUGUGCUCUUCAGAUUUAAAUGCAGACUCUGACUCAGAGGAUGAAAGGGUCUGCUCGAACCCCAUCCUGCACUCGUUUGUUAUUGACCCGGCAUCCACCUGUUCAACGGGGGGCACUAGAUUGAAUCUGGGUGUCGGAGUGGACGGUGUCGUCGGUAGAACAGUGUCCAUCUUGGACAGACGGAGAGGGAGAAUCCUAGGGCAGGGUGUCAUCGGAUGGGACUAG